UGCUCAGGAUGAUGAGGCGUCCACAUUUGCUAUACCUGGCCGUUCUCGUCAGCGUUGCUCAUGGGAUAGGUCUGGAGAGUAAAAAGGGGCCAUUACAAAAUAAAGUUUUAGAUGUACCAGAGGCCACACCUGUGCCGUAUCCCAUUUACCAGUUUACAUCUGCAGUGGAAGGUGUUUCUUCGUAUCUCGUAAGUGGAGAGACAGAGGGAAAGAUCAGUAUCUCUUCAGAUGGUUGGCUGUACCUGGAACAGCCAUUGGAAUGGAGCCCUGAGGAAAGCCAUCAUCUAGAAAUUGAGGCACUGUCGGUAGAUGGUGAGCGUCUUGAUGGACCGUACGGCGUUGUUUUGCAUGUAAUAGAUGUCAACAACAAUCCCCCUGUUUUCAGCUCAAGUCAGUACAGUGGCAGCGUUCGAGAGCAUUCACCAGCAGGAAUUCCAUUCCUGCAGGUAUCCGCUUCAGAUGCAGAUGAUCCCGAAACACCAAACGCACAUCUGAGAUUCAGCAUCGAGAAUCAGAUCCCCAAUCCCACAAACACACCUUACUUUGGCAUCAACUCAGAAAAUGGGGAGAUCUUUAUAACAGAGGAAGGACAGGCAUCUCUGAGGGCCCGGCCCACAUUGACAUACAAACGCGGGGAGGUCCGUGGCAAUGCUGAUGUUCUGAAGAGAAAAUUUGACGACUACUGCACUCCGAAGAGCCUCGUGCCUCUUGAACACAACCCCUUUUUCACAUGCGUGCAGCGUUCUGAAACAAGACAAAUGAAUCUACUUCAGGAUCCAGAUUAUGCACUAAUAGUUCGUGUAGAGGACUUGGGAGGCAACUCUCCAAACGCACUGAGCAACACGGUACGGGUCAAUAUUGCCGUCAUUCAAAACCUCUGGAUCAACCCUGGACCAGUGAUGAUCCGGGAAAAUCUUCAAGCAGAAUAUCCAAUGCUUUUGGUCUCAGUGCGCGCCAAUGAUCCCAACGCACUGUACAGGCUGCUGCAGAAAGAAAGAGCCCCCUUUCCCUUCACUGUCAGUGAGGAUGGAGAGAUCUUUGUUACUGGCCCUCUGGACAGAGAAGAGAAAGAUAUGUACAUAUUGGUGGUGAUGGCGGAGGACGAACAGGGUGUUCAGCUUGAAAAGCCCAUGGAAAUUUCUGUGCGGGUGGAGGAUGAGAAUGACAAUGCUCCUUUGUGUGAUGAAGCUGUGUUUGAAGUCCAGGAGAACGAGCCCAGUGGCAGCGUGAUUGGUUUUCUACGUGCUUUUGAUGCUGAUGAGGAAGACUCGCUGAACUCAUUUCUGAACUACUCACUCCGGAGCCAAACUCCCACCAGGCCAUCCAAUAAAAUGUUCCACAUCGAUCAAGUCAAAGCCAAAAUUCAAGUAGCCAAUGAAAAAUUCCAGAGGAAUGAGGUUCCCCAGUAUGAGCUCCUAUUCAGUGUCAGCGACGGAGUUCACUCCACAAUGUGUAAAGCAAUCAUCAGAGUCAUCGACAUCAAUAAUGAGAUCCCCAUCUUUGAGAAAAAUGAUUAUGGGACCUACAGCGUUCCUGAAUUGGCGGAAUUGGGCACCACAUUGCUCACCAUCAAAGCCACAGAUGCGGAUGAUCCAGGAACAGGAAGUUCAAAGGUGGAGUAUCACAUCACUGCCGGAGACCCUCAUAAUCUCUUUGCUAUCAAACUUGAUGAAACCACUGGAGAAGGAACAGUCUACAUCGCUCAGCCGUUGGAUUAUGAGGUCCAGGGUUCCUACAAGCUUCAGAUUGACGCCCGUAACCCAGAGCCACUGGUUAUAGGAGUGGAAUAUGAUGAGCGUGCAACAGCGGUGGUCGUCAUUCGGUUGGUGGAUGUGGACGAGCCUCCGAAAUUUGAAGUGGAGGCUCUUAAUGUUAAUAUUGCUGAAAACUUCACCGUUGGAGACUUAAUAAUGAAAGCUGAAGCAAGAGAUCCAGAAGGAAAGACUAUCAAGUUUAGGUUAGAAGGGGACGAGCAGGGCUGUCUUCAGUUAGAUGUUGAUUCUGGAGAGCUGAAGACUAAAGCCGCACUAGACAGAGAGAAGGUGGAGGAGCUCACUAUCAAAAUCAUCGCUUAUGAGACAGAGGGUAACAAGCAGGAGUCUGAGAUGACGGUGAUUAUUCAUCUGCAGGAUGUCAAUGACAACUACCCUGUACUGCAGAACAAGCAGGGCUUCAUCUGUGUCCAGAAGAUGACCCCCCUCACCCUCACAGCAGUGGAUACGGACAACCACCCUUUCUCAGAACCUUUCACUUUCUCCAUGCCCCGCAAGUCACCGAACUGGGAGAUCAAACCUGUGGAUGGAACUUCAGCACAGCUGAUUCUGAAGAAGAAACCCUCAACUGAGCAGAGCAUCUCUAUUCCCAUCAACAUCAAAGAUAAUGAUGGGAUGGGUGUUACCCAGAAGUUUGAUGUGCAUAUAUGUAACUGCACUAGUUUGGGCUACUGUUACAUCGAGCCAGAAGCUCAUGGCUGGAAAAUGGGCUUGUCUGGAACCAUUGGAAUACUGGGAGGAGUUUUCGGCUUCAUCGUUCUUUUCCUGAUCAUCGUUAUGUAUCGAAUCAAGAAGAGGGACAAGAAGAAAGCAGCGGCUGGUGGAGAGACAAGAGCAAUGCUGUAGACACACUUACUGACAAACUACAAACACUCCACAUGUUCAGUACACAAAGCUGGAAAAAUGAGCCGUCCCUUAUUAUUUCAUUGUUUUUCAAACAGACAUUAAAUUCGUCAUCUCACAUCACAUCAUCUAACUUAUUGCCUUGUAUAUUUAAAUGCUCUGAAUAGUUUAUCUGGAUUUAUAUUUGGUUCCAAAAACAAAUGAACGUACAUUUCUUCCGUGUGUUUAAAGCCACCAGGAACCAGACGAAUAUUGAGCAUUUGUGGUGCGUUUGCGGUAUAAAUCUUUGUUUAGCUGGAGACUACAUAGAGAUGUGUAUAUAUUGACAUACUUCAUAAGGAUUCAAACUGAAAAGAAAACAACAAAAUAUUAUAUUUAUUCCCCAUCGUUGAAAAAUCUGAUAAAAUGUGUAAAAAAGGAUCUAAUGCCAUAGGUAAUUCCCUCAUGAAACAUGAAAGAAAAAACAGAAUGACAACGUUUGUC